AUGACUGUAUCCAAUUUGAAGCACGGUGACUCCAUGCAGCAAACCGCUAUGGAAGAAAUGCUCAAGAAAUUCCAUGUACCUGACGAGAAAGUAAGUACCUUGAUGCAAGGCGUUGGUUUCGAGAUGAAGCAUGGAUUGAAAUCCAAUGAACCCAGCAACGACCUCAAGAUGAUUCCCUCGUUUGUAUCUGGGUAUCCUACUGGCAUGGAGAAGGGCACUUACCUUGCCCUUGAAAUCAGCGGGGUGGAUGUCUAUGUCUGUCAAGUGCGCUUGAAGGGUGAAGGUGGAAAAUUGGCCAUCAAUCAGUACCAAUACAAGAUCCCUGAUCAUCUCACUGCAGGCGAUAAUAUGAGCACACUGAUCGAUUAUAUUGCUGACUGUGUAGCUGAUUUCCAGCAUCGAGUGGGCGCAUCGCAAGAGAUGGGGAUCAGUAUGGGAAUAAGUUUGGGUUUUGCAGUGCGACAAACGGGUUUAGACAAAGGUUUUAUCGUUGCACUGGAACACGGCUUUGAAUAUCCGAAUGCAGUAGGCAGCGACAUAGUUGAUUUAUUCCAUCAGCGAUUCGAGGCCAAGGGAUUAGCUGUUAAAGUAGUUGCAAUGGCAAAUGAUGCUGUAUGUACUCUUUUGGCUCACGCAUAUCAACAUCCCUCUACCCGAAUUGGCAUUGUACACAGUGCAGGCACCAAUUGCGCCUACUACGAUAAAGUGACCAAUAUGGAAAACUUCUUGGCAGACCACCCCAAGUUGCUAGCGACCACAUCAGACAUGAUUAUCAAUACCGAAUGGUGCAACAUUAGCUCUAAAUACCUGCCCGUCAACAAGUUUGAUGAAUUGGUUGACCUGGAAUCCAACAAUAAGGGUGUUCAUGCAUUUGAGAAGAUGACUACAGGCAUGUACCUCGGCGAACUUGUAAGGCUGAUUCUCGUUGAAUUUGCAGAUCAUCAAAUACUCUCAUUCGACAUUGAUGACGAGGAAUGUCUGCUUCGUAUUCCCUACCAAUUUGAUACCAGCUACAUGUAUGUCUGUGAAGCGGAUGACGAUGGCGUCUUGGAGGGCACUCGCGUGAUUCUAGAAGAAAUGUGUAGAACAGGCGAAACACGCAUGAGUGACCGAGAAAUUGUAAAAAAGGUGUGCCAGCUUGUAGGCCAUCGAGCUGCAGUGUUGCUUGGUGCAAGCAUAGCAGGCGCUGUAGACUACAUGGUUUCUCAUGGCAUUGGUCUAGACUCGUCUGAAGGAUUUGCGAUAUCCAUUAGCGGUGAGGUAUACAAGGAUUAUUCUUCCUUCCAUCCUCGUGUUUGUGAAACUCUCAAGACGCUGAUUCCAGACGAAGUAGCAGCCAAGUUAUCGGUGGGAAUUGUAAAGCACUCGAGAAUUGUGGGUGCUGCUAUUGUAGCCAUGAUGGCUGAAAAAAUCAAUCCGCAAUACUAG